CUUAAUGAUUAAUCGGACCGUACUAAACCGUUUCAGUUAUAACAAAUCAAACCGAAAUAGUACCCACUUCAAAAUACAAUCGAACUUGAAAUCCCGAUACAUCCGACAAACUGAAUCGUUUAGUUAGAAUGGUAUAAGAGACGGAUCACGGAUAGACGGGAGAAAAAAUGCGAAUUUUUUUAUAUUUGGUGCUGCUGAUCUCUAGUUCUCUACAGACGAUUAGGAGGAAGGAAGAAGUAGCCGGGAAACGCUCAAAGUUCUUCUGGACUCUCUGUAAUCUCCUCAAACAACAACCACCAUACCGCGAACUGGUUUCCCCCGAGUCGCUCGAGUUUCCGAUUCAGAGGAAGAGUGAAAAAAUGGAGAGCGGCGGCGUCGAUCACUUGGCCGGCGAGCGGAGCAAGGCUCAGUUUGAUGUCGACGAGAUGAAGAUCGUCUGGGCUGGUUCACGCCAUGACUUCGAGCUCUCCGACCGCAUCUCUCGUCUCGUCGCCAGUGAUCCGGCAUUUCGAAAGGACAACAGGGUUAUGCUGAGCAGGAAGGAGUUGUUCAAGAAUACUCUGAGGAAGGCAGCCUAUGCGUGGAAACGAAUCAUUGAGCUCCGUCUUACUGAGGAAGAGGCGAAUAAGUUGAGGUUCUAUGUGGAUGAAGCAGCAUUCACUGAUCUUCAUUGGGGAAUGUUUGUACCAGCUAUUAAAGGGCAGGGGACAGAUGAGCAACAGCAGAAAUGGUUGCCCUUGGCACACCGGAUGCAGAUAAUCGGCUGUUAUGCACAAACUGAACUAGGUCAUGGUUCCAAUGUCCAAGGCCUUGAGACCACUGCAACAUUUGAUCCUCAGGCUGAUGAAUUUGUCAUCCAUAGUCCCACCUUAACAUCAAGCAAAUGGUGGCCUGGUGGAUUGGGUAAAGUGUCAACCCAUGCUGUUGUUUAUGCACGUCUCAUUACCGAUGGUCAAGAACAAGGAGUGCAUGGUUUUAUCGUCCAGCUCCGUAGCCUGGAUGAUCAUAUGCCUCUCCCUGGCAUAACUAUUGGUGAUAUUGGCAUGAAAUUCGGAAAUGGUGCUUAUAACACCAUGGACAAUGGUGUUAUGCGUUUUGAUAAUGUGCGUAUUCCGAGGGACCAAAUGUUGAUGAGGGUACUGCAAGUUACAAGGGAAGGGAAAUGUGUUGAGUCCAAUGUCCCUCGGCAGUUGAUAUAUGGUACCAUGGUUUACGUGCGACAAACAAUUGUGGCAGAUGCUUCUCGUGCUUUAUCACGAGCAGUUUGUAUCGCCACAAGAUAUAGUGCUGUUCGCAGGCAAUUUGGUGCUCAAAAUGGUCUUGAGACACAGGUGAUUGAUUAUAAGACUCAGCAAAGUAGACUCUUCCCUUUGAUUGCUUCUGCAUAUGCUUUCAGAUUUGUCGGUGAAUGGCUAAAAUGGCUCUACACGGAUGUCACACAAAGACUGCAAGCCAAUGACUUCUCUACUUUGCCUGAGGCUCAUGCAUGUACUGCUGGUUUGAAGUCUCUGACUACUUCUGUUACUGCUGAUGCUAUUGAAGAAUGUAGGAAAUUGUGUGGCGGCCAUGGUUACCUUUGCAGCAGUGGGCUUCCUGAGUUGUUUGCAGUCUAUGUUCCUGCCUGUACAUAUGAAGGAGACAAUGUUGUGCUGCUCUUGCAGGUGGCAAGAUUUCUGAUGAAGACUGUUGCUCAGCUGCCUUCUGGAAAGAAGCCUGUUGGAACAACAGCUUACCUAGGGCGAGUAGAACAUCUUAUGCAGUAUCACUGUGGUGUUCAGAAUGCUGAGGAUUGGCUGAACCCUUCUGUGGUACUUGAGGUCUUUGAAGCCAGGGCUGCUAGGAUGUGUGUUAACCGUGCUCAAAAGCUUGGCAGUUUUCCAAACCCUGAAGAGGGUUUUGCAGAACUUUCAGCUUUCCUGGCCGAGGCUGCGGUUGCUCACUGCCAAUUGAUUGUUGUGUCUAAGUUCAUUGAGAAAUUGCAACAAGAUAUACCAGGCGGGGAAGGGGUGAAACAGCAGUUGCAUAACCUCUGCAACAUUUACGCCUUGAACCUCAUCAACAGGCACCUAGGCGAUUUCCUCUCCACUGGGGCCAUUUCCGCAAAGCAAGCUUCCCUAGCAAAUGAUCAGCUCCGGUCAUUAUUUUCUCAGGUUCGUCCCAACGCAAUCGCACUCGUUGAUGCAUUCAACUACACUGACCACUACCUUGGAUCGAUACUUGGGUGUUACGACGGAAAUGUGUACCCAAAACUGUACGACGAGGCAUGGAAGGAUCCUCUGAACGACUCAGUUGUCCCCGAUGGCUACCAAGAGUACAUCCGCCCCAUGCUUAAGCAGCAGCUCCGCAACGCCAGGCUCUGAAACUGAGUUCGCUGGUGGCUCGACAAAAGGAAUAAAAGCAGAAAGAGCAAGUUCUUUGUGUACUGAAAUUCUGCCAACUAAACUACCCAGGUUAUGGGUUGAAUAAAGUCUAUUUCCUUCUUCUUUGUUAAUAGUUCGUAAAUCGUAACAAAUCGAAUGUUUUCAUUCCUUUCCCCAUCCAUCAAGUUUUCUUAAACGUACGAUAUUCCCUACUUUGCGUUUCAGCAGCCAGUGUGCUGAUUCUUCAUAACUCGUUCAUAGUCUAAAGUCUUUCAUCACGCCCAUUGCACAUUAUUAUAUUAUUAUUACAAAAACUGCUCCUCUUAGCAUUAGAGCUGCCAUGCAACAAAACCCGAAUUCACGGGUACCCUACCCGAUCUAACUCGAUUAACGCGGGCAAAAUCCCUGUUGACGGGUUUUGGCUGGAUUCGAGUUUAAAUAUGCUACACUAUUCAUGUGUUGGGUUUGAGUUUAGGUAUACCCGCUCCAUGGGUAUCCCCCACGCCCAUACAAUUAAUUUUUCCGGUAUAUUUAAUAUUUUAAACAGUAUAUCUUCCUUAAACAACUAAUCUUUUUUAUGUUUGUGGAGACAUGUCUAAUUUGUUCUUUCUAGUUGUGUACAAUGAAUUUGAUAUUAUGAAGUGGAGAGUAAAUAAGCAUAGUUGACAAGGAGGAAGAAGCUUUCAAUUAAUCAUGUUGUUUAUAGAUGUUUAUCUUUAAUUUUGAACAAUUUGUAUUGAUAAUUUGCGAUUUGUUUGUAUGCUCUAGAUUGGUGUUUUUUGUAUGGAUAAUUUGUAUGAGAAAGUUUAUGUUAAGACUUUUAUUUUGAAAGAAACUUGUUAUUGUAAAUUUUCUACACAAAAAUCCACGGGUAACCAUGAACCCGCGGAUACCUAGCGGGUGGGUUUGAGUUUUUCCCCCGGGGUUUUUUGGUGGAUAAACCCAAAAACUCAAACCCAACGGGUUUUACCCCUGUUUUUUUUGUGUGGAUAAACCCAUGAUUUUGGGUUUGGGUUUGGAAAAACCCGUACCAACCCGACCUAUUGCCAUCCCUAUACAUAGCACACGAAACAAUAUGUCUCUUAUUGCUUUCCUUCUACUCAAUAUCUCAUUUCAAGCUGUUGCAUUCAGGGUUGACAAUUAACCUCGCAUUCGCGACUAUCAACCCAAUACAAACUGGUCAAAUUGAGUAAAACUCAUGUAGACGGAUUUUGGAUCGGAUGUGGGUAAAAUCCGUUUUUGCAAUUGGUGGGUUGAGUUGGAUGUAAGUUUAACUAAAAGUCUAAAACGCAACUCGCUAUCCACUUAACCCGCUCUUGGAAAGAAAAAUGAUGUCGUUUUGUAUAUAAUUCUUCAUACAAAAAAUAUAGUUAUAGAAAAAGUUUUGAUUAAUAUAAGGAUGGUUGUAUUUGUUGUGACUUUUGGGACGAGGGUACACGUGCGAUAGCCCGAGAUCGGGUUACAAAGAUUAUGAUAGAGUCGUGCACAAUGUUCACUUUUCGAAAAUAAUAUUUCCACCCUCCACAAAGCCUUGAAUUACAGGAAAUUUCUCCUGAGUAUAAAACUAUCACCACUUUAGGUUCCAGGUUUAAAAAUACGAAAGCAUACUGAGAAUUUAAUAGGAAGAAUAAUGAAUUUUUGGUGUGUUUUACAUGACAGCAGAUACCUCUAUUUAUAGACGCUAUAACCGAAGCAUUGUUUUGCUUUUGGUGACUAACUACCAAUUCCAAACCGUUGCCAUUAUCCAAGCACCAAUUUCAUUUCAUAAAGGGUUGCCUUUCUUCAUGAACCAAUGCAUUACUUGGAUCAAACAAUACAUGGAAUGACAAUUCCAAAUUGCAAGAAACAAAAGAAACAAAAUACAUCACGUGGAGAAAUGGAAUGGGAAGUUGCCCAAUUUAAAAGAAAUGAAACUUGGACAAUUCU